UGGAACCAGAAUCUGAGACUGGCAUCUCCGCUAAGAUCGCAGGAAAUCGAAUCCUGGACUCAUUAUCAUUACUUCCACGAAUGGCUUUGUGCCGCAUAAAUCUUCCUCACCGGUGUUCUUCCGGAACACCGCGCCUUGCCCCCACUUGGUCCCUCCAAAACCCUAAUCCUCCUCAAUUACUUUCUCCUUUUCCAUCUCUUCUCAAUUCCAAUAAGUUAUCCUAUUCCAGAAUCCGGCGCCGAAGCUUUAUUGCCAUGAACGCUCACAUGGCCACGGAACCCAAGCCUGUUUCAGAUGAUAGAAUGCUCGUUUAUGUUCCUCCUCAUCCGUUGAUCAAGCACUGGGUUUCAGUUUUGAGGAAUGAACAAACUCCUUGCCCCAUUUUUAAAAAUGCAAUGGCAGAGCUAGGAAGACUGCUUAUUUAUGAAGCUUCAAGGGAUUGGCUGCCUACUGUAACGGGGGAGAUACAGUCACCCAUGGGUGUUGCUUCAGUUGAGUUUGUCGAUCCAAGAGAGCCUGUGGCGAUAAUUCCCAUCCUCAGAGCCGGUCUAGCUCUUGCAGAAUACGCAUCAUCUGUAUUGCCUGCAACAAAAAUGUACCAUCUUGGGAUAAGCAGGGACGAGGAGACUCUUCAACCAACUAUAUAUCUUAACAAGUUACCUGAAAAUUUUCCUGAAGGUUCUCGAAUUUUUGUGGUUGAUCCCAUGCUUGCAACAGGUGGCACAGUUGUGGCAGCUCUUGAUCUCAUAAAGGAACGUGGAAUUGACAACAAGCAAAUAAAAGUGAUAUCUGCUGUUGCUGCACCUCCCGCUCUAAAAAAGCUCGGCGAGAAGUUUCCAGGGCUACACGUAUACACCGGAAUUAUUGACCCGACAGUUAACGAAAAAGGGUUUAUAAUUCCUGGACUUGGAGAUGCUGGCGAUCGCAGCUUUGGCACAUGAAACUGUUUCAUUGAGCAUCAGAAAUUCUGUUGCUUGGUAAUGAUCUACUUGAGAUUAUAUGGCGAUUGUAAGAUUGCGUAUAAUCAAAUGAUAAUUUCUGAAUGUCACGGCAAUGAAAGAGUCAGUAUAUAGGAGAAUUAGGGGAAAAGCUAUAUUUAUGGACUUAAUCUUUCCUCCCUCCUCCAUCGAUUUUAGUUGUAGUUGUGUUUUUCUAAACUGAUAUGGUUAUUUACAAUGCUUGGAUUUUGUUAUGGUUUCUGAAA